GUGGUCGUCCGGAAGCUCCCUUCCUCGAGCCAAAACGGACGACUUCGUUUGUGUGACAAGAGACAUUUUCAGGAUUUGUUUUAAUGGAAGUGGAGAACUUCAGAGUGUAAGAACGCUGAGUGAGAAAGUAGCUUUCGGGCAGGGAGCAACAUGACGGCUAUUAAGCACGCGCUGCAGAGGGACAUCUUCACUCCUAAUGAUGAGCGGCUGCUGGGAAUUGUGAAUGUCUGCAAGGCGGGGAAGAAGAAGAAGAACUGCUUUCUGUGUGCCACAGUGACGACGGAGCGGCCCGUUCAGGUGAAAGUGGUGAAGGUGAAGAAGUCGGACAAGGGGGAUUUCUACAAGCGACAGAUGGCUUGGGAGCUGAGGGACCUCACCGAAGUGGACGCCAAAGAUGCUAACAAGGAGAACCCAGAGUUUGACCUCCAUUUCGAGAAAGUCUACAAGUGGGUGGCCAGUAGUACAGCUGAGAAGAACUCCUUUAUCUCAUGCAUCUGGAAGCUCAACCAGAGGUACCUGAGGAAGAAGGUUGAGUUUGUCAACGUCAGUUCCCAGCUGCUUGAAGAGCUUCCCAAAACUGAAGAGUCUGUUCCGAGUGGGGAGAGCCAGAGCGUGACAGGGGCAGACGAGGAUACGCUGGACGACUACCAGGAGCUGAACGCCCGAGAGGAGCAGGACAUUGAGAGCAUGAUGGAAGUGUGCGAGUACGCCAUCUCAAAUGCAGAGGCCUUUGCUGAGAAGCUCUCCAGCGAGCUGCAGGUUCUGGAUGGGGCGAACAUCCAGUCGAUCAUGGCGUCAGAGAAACAGGUGAACAUUCUGAUGCAGCUGCUGGACGAGGCUUUGGCAGAGGUGGACACCAUCGAAGGCAAGCUGAGCAGCUAUGAGGAGAUGCUGCAGAGCGUGAAGGAGCAGAUGGACCACAUCUCUCAGAGCAACCGCCUCAUCCAGCUGAGCAGCACCAACAAUGUGCACCUGCUUGAGGAGAUUGAGUUCCUAGUGAACUACAUGGACCUGUCGAAGGGACACAUCCGGGCUCUGCAAGAAGGGGACCUGUCCUCGCCUAAGGGCAUCGAGGCCUGCAUCAAUGCCUCGGAGGCGCUACUGCACUGCAUGAACGUAGCUCUGAGACCAGGCCAUGACCGACUGCUUGCCGUGAAGCAGCAGCAGCUGCUCUUUGCAGAACUCAGAGACGCCUUCGCCCGCAGACUCACCAACCACCUCAACAACGUGUUUGUCCAUCAGGGCCAUGACCAGAGCUCCAGCCUGAGCCAGCACUCGAUGGAGCUCAUGCUACCCAAGCACAGCCCGCUUCAUCGCGACUUGCUGCGAUACGCCAAGCUCAUGGAGUGGCUGAAGAACACGCAGCGGGAGAAGUAUGAGGGUCUCAUGGGGACAUAUGUCGAUUACAUGACCAGACUGUACGAGCGGGAAAUUAAGGAUUUCUUUGAAGUGGCGAAGAUCAAAAUGACGGGCACGAGCAAGGAAGGGAAGAAGUUUGCUACGCUUCCUCGGAAAGAGAGCGCACUCAAACAGGAGACAGAGAGUCUCCAUGGCAGCUCGGGCAAGCUGACGGGCUCCACCUCGAGCCUCAACAAGCUGGCCGUGCAGGGCUCCAGCAGCCGACGCUCCCAGUCGUCGUCCUUGCUCGACAUGGGCAACAUGUCUGCCUCGGACCUGGACGUUGCCGACAGGACCAAGUUCGACAAGAUAUUUGAGCAGGUCCUCAGCGAACUUGAGCCGCUCUGUCUCGCCGAGCAGGACUUCAUCAGCAAAUUCUUCAAGCUCCAGCAGCAGCCUGUUGUCGGAGGGGUCCAGAGCGAAGAAGUGGAUGGAGGCAUGCGCUCUAGAGUGCCCCCUGCUGCUGACCACAGACACUCUAUGUCCUCAGAGAAGGACACAGUGCGACUCAUGAUGAAUAAGAUCUUCCACAGCAUCGAGGUGGAGCUCAACAACCUCAUUGCCCUUGGAGACAAGAUCGACAGCUUCAACUCGCUGUACAUGCUGGUCAAGAUGAGUCACCAUGUGUGGACCGCGGAGAACGUGGACCCAGCCUCGUACCUGAGCACCACCCUGGGCAACGUGCUGGUCACGGUCAAGAGGAACUUCGACAAGUGCAUCUCCACCCAGAUCAAACAGAUGGAGGAGGUGAAGAUCUCCAAGAAGAGCAAGGUGGGCAUCUUGCCAUUUGUCACCGGGUUCGAGGAGUUUGCCGAGUUGGCUGAAACCAUCUUCCGCAACGCAGAGCGCCGAGGAGACCUGGAUAAGGCUUACGUGAAGCUCAUCAGGGCUGUAUACAUGAACGUGGAGAAAGUGGCCAGCGAGAGCCAGAAGACCCCUCGGGAUGUCGUGAUGAUGGAGAACUUCCAUCACAUCUUCUCCACCCUGUCCCGGCUGAAGAUUUCUUGCUUGGAGGCAGAGCGCCGUGAGGCGAAGCAGAAGUACACGGAGCAUCUGCAGGCCUACGUGAUAAACUCGCUGGGCCAGCCCCUGGAGAAGCUCAACCAUUUCUUUGAAGGUGUCGAGGCCCGUGUGGCACAGGGGGUGCGUGAGGAGGAGGUGAGCUACCAGCUGGCCUUCAACAAGCAGGAGCUGCGCAAGGUCAUCAAAGAGUACCCAGGCAAGGAGGUGAAGAAAGGCCUGGACAACCUGUACAAAAAAGUGGACAAGCACCUCUGUGAGGAGGAGAACCUGCUGCAGGUGGUGUGGCACUCGAUGCAGGACGAAUUCAUCUGCCAGUACAAGCACUUUGAGGACCUGAUUGGCCGCUGCUACCCAGGAUCAGGAAUCACCAUGGACUUCACCAUCCAGGACAUCCUGGAGUACUUCUCAAGCAUUGCCCAGUCGCACUGAUGUGCUCCACGUCCGUCUCGCUGCUCUGCAAGUGUCAGUGUCAGCACUGCCCCAAUGGUCACACGGCUGCGCUUUUGCACACAUCACGAUGGUCUUUCUCGCAGAGCACUAAGGUCUGUAGCAUUAAACACCGGGUCCUCGAAGACCCCCGUCUGUUCACUGUUUCACACUGCCCUCUUUGCACAGUAUGUCCUCUAUUACUCACUAAUUGACGUGUAAUCCACUAGUUAAUUCCUAAAGUCUCCCUUGCUGUGGUUAGUGGCAGCUGCACUACAGGAUUCGCCCCAUCUGUCCCUGUCCCAGUGCUGCAGUGAAGGUAAACACUAUUGCGGCAGGAAAGCAGCUCUGGAGCCCCCUUACUCCCCACUGCAUUUGUUGUCUGGUUCACUACAUUCUCGCAAUUUGAGGAGCACCUCUGUUCAUUUCUCAGAAAUGACAGCAUUGAAGUGCAGGCCCUGCUACCAAGGAGCAGCUUGACGCAGCGCAACGAGAACAUUAGUCGCCUUAUUGAGCCCAGACUAUGAUGUGCGUUGUGUUGGACUCGCGCAGUCUACAGCCAUGUCAUUUCCACAUGUUCAAUAAAUGGCUUC